AUGGUGGAGUGGGAGGAGGAGGAGUUGAGUGCCUCCGUGUGCUGCCCCAUCGAUGAGCACACAUCCACCGUCUGCCUAGUCCAACUGGCUUCCACUCCAACCUCGUCAAGCCAGCAGAAGUCCCCCACCACACCUCAUCUCACAUCCCCUCCCCUCCCUACUCCUCCUCCUUCUCCUCCUCCUCCUCAUCCUCUUUCCACCGCCACACUCCAUCUACCUACGUCUCCCUCCUCCUUCCUCCUAUGCACACAUCCCGUAAGCAAUGCCACAGACAAUCACUCACUCAAUCGAGGUGUCGAGGUAUGCACCCACAUCCUCGGCUGCGCUCAAACAAACAGAUGUAGUAAUACCUCUUCCCUCAUCAACUAG